AUGGCGGAGUUGUUCGGCGAGAACAGCAGUACCAAGGUUGAACUCGAUGAAACAAAUGUUUUAGAGCUUGUUGCAGUGCAAAAGGUCCUUGUGGUAAGGCAUGGAUUCGAUGAAGAGAAAAAUGCAGUCGUAGGGACUGUGCGUGUCGCAAAUUCGUCGUACGAAAAGAACGUGCAAGUCCGUUACACAUUCGACGAGUGGAACACACCCUGCCGAGACUUGAACCUAAUAUGGGAAGGCAGUGUCGGAGAAAAUAAAACAACUGAUAGAUUCGGUCUAAUAAUUCCUCUGCCAAGUCUACAGUGGAGGGGGUGUGUUGAGUUUGCCAUCAAGUGCGAAGUCAACGGUCAGAUAUAUUGGGACAACAACCAUAAGAAAAACUACAAAGAGACGAUUACCCGACGCGACGUGGCUAAUCCUGUAUGA